UGUGUAGGUGCUCGUUGCAAUACUCGUGAUGUAGUUGAGUUGCUUGUACGUGUCCCACUAAUUACCCGACGUAAGAGGAGGGGGAUCGUUUGGAUGUUCAACGGUCGUUAUGCCUUUGUUGGUAACAAACUAUUGUUAAAGACUAGGGUCAUAGAAGUAACAUUCAAUACUGUAUCCCCUGGAGGGAAACGAGUUAGUGAUCGUUGAAGAAUCGGCUCCGAAGUGGACACACCGUGCGUGCAGACUAGUAUGCGUCUAAUUGUAUAUGAGAACAGCUUGUUAAGCACAUUAAGCACGUAUAAAUACGACAGGAUUUGCUCACAAGCAUUCAACAACAGCUCGUCUAUCUAUAUAUCCUCACUCCAUUAAUCCCUAAUCUUACAUUGUCCAACGAAUCUCUCCCAACUCACCCCAACUCAACUCACGCAAAAUGCUCUUCACAGCCUUCACCACCCUCCUCGCUGCCACGGCCGCCGUAUCAGCAAGCCCCCUCACCCGUCGCACAAACACCGAAGUCGUCUGGACCAACACCGCAGGCAUCGUCCGCAACGGGGACGACGUAGCCUCCAUCUCCUUCACGCUCCACUCCGACACCAGCGGCAACAGCACAUACUGCACCACGGGCGCCAACGCGAACCCUUCCAUGGACGAUCCGAAAUUCUACUCCUGCGAGGCCGAGGAGUAUGCGUUUCGGUAUGUGGAGAGGGUUGCGUAUGGCAGGUUCAAGAUUGCGCUUGUGCACCAGACUUCUGCUUUUGCUGGGUUGCAGGGGAAUAUGACGAUUGGAUGUAAUGGAUCGAACUCGAUUGCCUGCGAUCAGGUUGGCAAGGCUACGGCUACGCUUUGCUCUGAUGAUUCGUGUGGACAGAGUGCUGGCAAUUAA